AUGGUUGCUCCUAUCUUUGCGUCUCUUCUUUCGGUCGCUGCGUUGCUUGGGAAGGCGAAUGGUCAUCCUCCUGCUCCCCCUGGGUCGUCUAUCAAAGAGACCGUUGGGACUUGGGAGUAUCGAGGGUGCUACAUUGAUUUUGGCCCACGUAUCCUCAACUUCCGAUUUGACGUCCCAGAAGGAAACACAGCUGAGCGAUGCACGGCGCUAUGUGCUAGCCACGGCUACGGCCUCGCUGGGCUCGAAUACGGUUCAGAAUGCUGGUGCGACAACUACAACAUCUACGGCACGCUCCCCGUCGUCGCAGACGGGCAAUGCAACUUUGCCUGCCCAGGCGACGACACCGAGUGGUGCGGCGCGGGUAACCGUAUGGUCCUGUACGAGAACACAGCUGCUACGCCUCCCAGCCCCAGCUCGUGCAUCGACUGGCGUAUCUGGACCACCUUCCAGAACGCCAGGAUGUAUGCCAUUCCCAAGUCGGGCUCUGGGAGUGCAGAGGCGCUGUAUAGCAUUCCUUCGCGCGAUUGGGUGCAGCUUGGGGGUGGGUCCCAGGUUAACUAUCGGUUGAUGACGACGUGCCCUGCUGGAUGCACCUGGACUGAUUCCUUCAACAUUGGAAUACUCGAUAACCGUCUGACCUCGUACGAAGCUAAGGGUGUAGGUGUCGCCGUUGGUGGAGGCCAGUCCUUCGAACGCUACCACCCUGCCGUGUCCAACGGACACCCCGGAUAUUGCGGCAAGCCGAGCCCACUGUCCCCUCACGGAGGCUUCAUUGGUUUCCCCCUUCUUUCGGUGAACGGUGACACCGAUUCGUGGGCUCUGUGCCCCAACAACACUGCGAGUGGAAGACCUGACGUUGUUUACUCGCCUGUUUCUGGACACCCGCACUACGACCAGGCUCAGUGCACCGACGUCUACAUCGAGAUUAGGCCCUAUAUCAUUAAUUGGAGUAAUUACGGUCCUCAGCCUUGA